CUGGUGCAGCUUAUUUCUCUCCCUGUAGAUCUGCAUCUUAUCUGUAACAUACAAAUACCUAUACAAGUGAUCAGUGAGGAGAAAUGCAGCCAACACCUUCCAGCUACAUGCCAUCUGCAGCCCUCAUAACUCGCCUGUCUUGUGACAAGAGGCCAGAUUUCAAGAUGGAAACAAACACCUUUUGCUUUUUUUUUUUUUUCUCCAGAGCAGCCUGAGCAUAAAAAAAAAGCGCUGCAGAUGAACAACCUGUAAUUUAUUGUAAAUUAUAAUACGUGAUUAAAAGAGUUAAGUGCUGGAGCAGCUCUCUCUUCAGACUGGAUGUAGCGGUCCCUCAUAUCGGGGCUCUCCGUUUACAUUAUUCAUACGGAGGGGUGUGACUUGUUGGCUCUUUUUUCCGCCUAUAUAAAACCAGAAGUUCGCGUAAAAGAAAAUACAGAUGGAGAAGGCUAGCCGGCUCGCUGUGUCACAGAGAGUCCCCUUAAGCCUACGUGACAACUCACAUACUGUCCCUUUGUGACCAGCUUAAUCGGCAGAAUGCCCGGUCUGUGUAUGCUUUGUCUUGCCGCCGCGCUGGCUGCGGUCGCCCGGCUCGUCGGCACUGUGGGGCCGGUGGUCCGAUGCGAGCCGUGCGACGCCGGGGCGCUCCUGCAGUGCAAGCCCCUGCCGAAGGACUGCGCGGAGCGGGUGAGGGAGCCCGGCUGCGGCUGCUGCAUGACGUGCGCCCUCGGCGAGGGACAGGCGUGUGGAGUGUACACGGCGCGCUGCGGCUCCGGCUUGACCUGCCAGCACCAGCCGGGGGAGAGCCGACCCCUACAAGCUCUGCUGGAGGGACGGGGAGUGUGCUCCAGCGCUCCGUCCAAAAGACUCAACAGCAUUCUCAUACCGGCACAAAAACCAGAGAAUGGUGAAAAUCAGGUAGAAGAAGGUUGUGCCAACGUGACCCAGACGAUGACUGUGUUGCCCGGCGUGGCGACUGUGAAGGGCGGACACAGACGGGGGUCAAUAGACACCAGGCCUACGCUGCACAACAAGCUGAUCCAGAAGGAUCAGAACAGGAAGACGCAGAGCUACAAGGUGGAGUCCGUAUCAGGAGGAGCCAAUAUGGACAUGCACAACUUCUCCCUGGAGAGCAAGAGGGAGACUGAGUAUGGACCAUGUCGGCGGGAGAUGGAGAGCAUCCUGAACAGUCUUAAAAUCAGCAACGUGCUCAACCCGAGAGGCUUCCGCAUACCCAACUGUGACAGAAAGGGCUUCUACAAGAAAAAACAGUGCCGUCCGUCCAAAGGCAGGAGGCGGGGAUACUGCUGGUGCGUGGACAAAUACGGACAGCCUCUGCCCGGCUUGGAUGGCAGGGAGCGGGGCGAGACGCAGUGCUACAACCUGGAGAGCAAAUGAGGGGGACGGAGGGACAUCGAGUGGAUGGAGAGAGGAAGACAGUGAAUAAAGGGGUUGGGGUUAGGAGAGGGGAUAAAGACAGAGAGAAAGAAAGGAAGGAAGAAAGAGGGCCUACUUUGCUCUUGCAUGUAGUUUUAUGUAAACAUUUGAAGGAGCUCUGGACCUUUGAUUUCAGGUCCCAUUUCUGUCAGAGAGGGAGGGGAGGGGGGAAAGGGUGGAGCACAGCCUCUGCGACCGGCCAAGACUCCUGUCCAUCACAGCUAUCUGGCCUGUGCUUAGGGAACCUCUAUCCUUUCUUUAAAAAAAAAAAAAAACGAUAAAGCUGAAAGCUGACAGAGAAGAGGGGAAGAAAGAGAGAAUCCUAUCAUCUGCACUAUUCUUUUAGAGAGAGAGGAAGGAGGGACUUUUCCACUCACUUUAAAGAGGACUUUGUUUGUGACUGACCCUGAAAAAACCGCACCACCACCGUUUCUAUGUGUUUGUCUGUCUGUACAUGUGUGUGUGCUAACUGCGUGUGUCUUUAUGUGUGAGCACCUACGUGACGAAAUGUAACGUAACGUGAGCAUCCGCUCACACAGACAUGAGUGAGCGGAUGCUUUAUUUGUGUAAAUACUGUAAGCUCAGUUUAGAGAUGUCAGACUGCCCAUCCCGAGCCCCCGCUCCAUUCAACAAUGCAGAAAACAAAAACACUCUCUGGCUCAGGGUCCAUUUUGAAGUGAAGGAUUAUGGGACAGUUAGGCUUUGAUGUUUUGUCCAGCAUGAUGGCCACCAAAAGGCCCUCCUUGCUGCCUCUGGAUUUUCCCUGGGAAGGGAACGGAGGCAGUUACAGUGCCUUAAACAUCGACCUUUCUGAGCCUUCUCCCUCCCCCACCCUCUGUGGUCCUCGACUAAAGGAAUACCUUACUGAAAACUUACCCUCUGAGUAUUGAAAGCUUGAAAAUGUACAUGGCUCUAAGAAAAUUGUAGCUACAGCGGCUGUAGUUGUUUUGGAUUUACAGCAGUUAAAAAUGAUUUGAAGAUGACCCAGUAAAAAAAAAAAAAUCCAGCAUUAAAACAUACAAACUUCUGAAACUGCUCCUGCUGCACAAUCCACUUCUUCGCUGUUGAUUCGUUGGCUGAUAGCUUCACAUUAAAUGUAAAGUACACUAGUUCUGCCAAGUGUGGAUAGUGUGACAUGGACUCUGCUGUGAAGGAACAAACUGAAAGGAUGGACCAACAUGGAUCAAGCUGCAGAUUUUGCCAAAAUAUUGGCCUGGUUCCAGACCUUCAUCUCUUUCGUUUUUCCACUGGUUGAUUGUGUUCAUCAAUGGCUUCUCAGCAUUUGAGGAGCUUUGUGAGCUGGAAUAUCAAUGGAGUCAUCAUCUUCCUUCAACAACCCACACCCGAACGAUUUAUAGAAAUAACAACUCUUAAAGUUGCAUGUUUCUUUAGUUUAAACCAAAACAUUUUCUUGGCAUCUGCCACCAGAGUGUCCAUGAAAUGUCGCUACAAGAGCCCCUUUUCCAUUGGUCAAAAAACCCACUAAGACCCGCUAACAUCAGGCUUUUGUCAGCAAUGGAAAAGGGUUCAAUCGGCAGUCACACCGGGGUCAAAUGACUCUGCAGUAGAUGCAGGUAUUUAUCGGCUUCGGCUCGAUCGGCAUUGAUGUAAACACAACACCACGGGUGAACACGCAAAUUUUUCGCCGCCCCUUUUCCAUUUUUCAGAGCACAAACACUGUAAACACACCUGUCACCUGUCAGCACGGUGCUGUCACACCAGAAACACCAUGACUACACUGCACUCAGGGAUGAAAGAGUGAGCUGCAGCCCCGAAAUAAGUUUUAAAAACAAUCACCAAUUAAAGCGCCUUGCACGGAGGCCCCGAUGGAUCCAUUUUACCAGUUUGCACGGCGGCUAGCAGUUUACUCUUCCUCCCUUGCGUCUGUGUGUGUGUGUGUGCGUGCGUGCUCUUGCUCCCUACAGUUGUGUGUGUCCUUUCGGGAACCUCAUCUGGCGGUGUAAAAGGAGUCCAUUUUUUUUUGCGGGUUUGAAAAAACUUGCUUCUACCUGCUAAUUAAGGUGUAAAAUCGUAUUAGUGGUUUUGCAAUACAAUAUAACCCCAUUUCCCAAAAAGAAAACAAUAAUGCAAACAUACAAUUCAGUCUGAUUAUCAGGCCACCUAAUAAAUACCUUAUGAGGUUAGCUCUUUAUAUUUGAAGUUUGCAACAGACAGAAAAAGCUAAAUGAAUGAACAACAUAUGUAGGUCGUGUUUAGCUGUUUUUUUUUUGCCAACACUAAACUGCAGUCGUGGUCUGAGAAGUUUCCAUGGACAUUUUGAUGCUUUUUUUGUGACUCUUAAGUUGUUGAUUCAAUCCAUUGUGAUUCCUGUGGAUCCAAGCUAACUGCACCUUCUCUGAGCCGCUUUUCAAGCUGACAGGAGGCAAGUAUUUCAGACUCAGACAGGUUUUUGGUGAGGUAUUAUUCUGAGCUGCUCACACGCUGCCCUACAGUGUUAGGAAACAGUUUGGUUAGAUUAGUCUGUCUUCUGUCUCUUUCCCGCCCCCUGCUGUUCCUGUCCACACCCAUGUCCCGGGGUGCUGUGUGUCCAAGCACACUACAGCUCAACCCUCGCUCCGUCCUUGUCCUUGUCCCUUGUCCGUCAUGAAGCUUCGGUGCUGAGGUCCUGCAGUCCUAUAUGUCUUUACCCCCAAAAACCUUGUCCUUGUCUGCGUCUAUGUGCCUAAUCCUGUCCCUGCCUCCUACCCACUAACCCAAGCAGCCCCCCCUCCAGCACCCUGCUCACCUCUGGUCCUCUUCCUGUCAGUGGUGCAACCUGGUGUAGACUUGUUUAAACGGGGCGAGCUCGGUGUGACCGUCUUGCCCUGCCACAGGUGCCAGCUGCCCUUAUGCUUCAAGCACAAGCACUUAAAGCACUUUAGCUGCGCCGCUACUCGUCAGUGCAUGCAGUUAAAGACAAUUGGACCUAUCUGCAUCUGCAUACCUUUCCUUCGAGGUAAUGUCAGAUGAAACAGUGUGAUACUGUAAGAAAACAAUAAUAACCUGAGAGGAAAAAAAAAAAGAAAGAGAAAGAGAGAAAGAAAAAAAACGAAGCUACACCAGGACUUCUGACAGCAAACUUAGCAAAACUCCCCUCAGAAAUUUCCAUUCAAUGCAACUUUUUUCUUUUUGUUGUUGUUGUUGUUGUUGUUGUUGUUUUUGUUUCUUUGAAAAAAAAAAAAUGCUCGUAUGAUCGUAUGCCAACAAAUCUCCACAAGGUGGACACAGCACCAAAUAUGCAUUCACACAAGUGGUAGGGGGUCUGAGGGAGGAGGCGUGGUCCUCCCUGAGGAGCUUCCUGCCCGAUGCUCUCCCACAUCCUGUGUAAAGACUUGAAAAGUGGAGAGAGUGCCGACAAAGAAUGCUUGGUAGCCCAGUAGCUCGGUAGCAUGAAAAUCGGCUGUACACUUCCUUUAAUAGACAGCAACAACUUAACAACCAGCCUGUUGGUGCUAUAUCCCAUCUAUUCAAAGACUUGAUGUAAAGGGGAGGAACAUACAUACAAAUAUGUUUAAGCUAUUCCCUCCCUGAUAUUUGUAAGUGUGUCUUUUUAUAUAUAUUAUUAUUAUUAUUUCCUGGCCAGCUACGUGUCUGACUAGACAUCAUGUACAGUACUUAAAAAUAAAAAUUAUUUAUCUAAAAGAAUUAUAAGCUGAUCCAAACUAGGUUUUCUUAUGAACAAUUCAGUGACUCACCGAUUGCACAGUAAAGUCUAUAUGAUUCAGUGUAUUUUGGGGAAUAUAAUCACUAAUGAAUGUUAUAUUUUUUAAUGAACCUUUUCCUUCUGUUGCUCAGCAGUGUCAUUUGUAAGCUCCGUGCCCCAGCAGGCGAGUUUCAGCCUCGGGGGGGCAGAAUCUGUGUCAGUCAGGCACUCAGGUCUCUUCCGGUCAUCUGAGUUCACUGCCUCUUAAGGCCAGUGAACCUCUCACCUCUCACUAAGUCACUUCUCUCCAUACACACCCGGCCAUCCCAGCCUCAGUCUGUUAGUUGCAGAGCCAGGGUCACACUCCUGUAAUAAUGUCACUUUUUAUUUUUUUCCCUGCUGGUCACGUUAAGAAUCUCUCUUGUUCACGGGUAAAUGUGUUUUGUUUUUUUUGUUUUUUAUUUCAAGUUUAUCCUUCAAAGAGUUAUUUUGAUUCAAGCUUUUGAUGAUACUAAACUAGAAGUCACACAGAGAAAGGAAAUGAUUUUGAUUCAAGAUAUAAUUUGUAUUUAAUGUCUUUUUUUAAAUAAAAAGUGAACACAUUUUAA